AUCAAUAAAUAGCUCGAGACGAGGGCAAGAGAGCAGUAGUGUACGGGUUGGUAACCGGUGAAGGUAUUUUCAAAGAGAACAGUAUUUAGUGGUGAGGCUGCAGCCAAAGUGUGUUCAGUAUGCAGCCGCCCCCGAGAAAAGGAAACUAUGCAAAAUUUCUGAAAAAUUUACACACGGAACAGGCAGCCAAGUUGCAGGCCAAAAAUCAACAUGAAUGCGAUUUACUUGAGGAUAUACGAAAUUUCACGAUUAAGAAAUCUGCAAUCGAAAAGUCCUAUUCCGAGGCUUUACUUAAAAUAUCGUCAGCAUACCUGAACAAAAAAAUUCCAAAUAUUCCGGACAUAAAGAUCGAGGGCGGUGAAGAAAAAUGGAAUAUGUGGAAUGUUUGGCGUACCGUGUUGGAGGAAAAUGAGAAACUGGCAAGAGCACGAUUGGCCGCAGUUGAAGUGUUUCAACAGCAGAUCGCUGACGACGCAAAGAGUUUGAAAUUGCACAAAGUUCAAAUUUCGAAAAAGGCCAUCGAUCAGUUGAUGAUGGUACAAAAGGAACUUCAAACUUGCGUUCAAGAUGUUGAUAAAACAAAAAAAUUUUAUUUCGACGAGGAGCACAGUGCUCAUGAUGUCCGUGAUAAAGCCAAAGAUAUCGAAGAGAAGUUGAAAAAAAAGAAAGGAUCGUUCUUCCAGUCCAUAACGUCAUUGCAAAAAAAUAGUGCCAAGGUAAGUUCCAAGCGUGACGCUUUGGAAGAAAAGUCUACCGGGGCACGAAAUGAUUAUCUACUUAGUCUUGCUGCUGCUAACGCUCAUCAAAAUCGUUACUUUGUAGUGGACUUACAGACAACAAUGCAGUUUUUAGAACAGGGGGUUUAUGACAAAGUAGCGGAGUACUUAACACUCAUGGGUCGCACAGAACUCCUCACAUGCUUGGCAACACAAAACAGUUUUGGUAAAAUCCGUGACCAAGCUCAGCAGCUAACCAGAGAGUACAAUUUACAAUGCUGCUAUCUAUACUAUCCGGUAUUAAAGCAGCAUAUACAAUAUGAAUUUGAAGCCUGUGACAGCGAUCCAGUCACCAAAGUGACAGCGGACCAUUCAGCAUCAUUGACAUUGGGGAAAGAAGCACGACGAUGGGCAACGAGGAUGGCCCGAGAAGCAAAUGGUAUAAGGGAGGCUAGUAGAAAAUUACAAGCUCUCCAACAACUCAAAGAAUCUGGGCAAAAGUCGGAUCCUAACGAUCCAAAUGGCCCAGAUUUGGAUACCAAGAUCGACGAAUUGAAACAAACAAUCAGACGUUCUGAAACUGCAAAGAUGAAAGCAGAAGCGAGACUAGAUUGUCUCCGUCAGGGUGGGGUCAAUGUGGAUGAAUGGUUGCAAGAAGCGGAAACACUUAGCGUUCAAGACAUGCCUCGUUCAGCCAGCUCUCUUUCUGUUCGCACUGACGCAUCCGGAGUAGCGGAACAUCCGUCCUCAGAUUCAUUUUAUGACAGUGAUGGAGAUGCCGGUAGCGAUCUUACUACAGUCGAAAGACCAGGCACAAAUCUUGGUGGUUCAGAACCAUCUGAAGAUAACGCAGAGGAUUUAGAAAGGCAGAGGCAUGACAGUGCAGAAGUCGAUGCAAUGCUAGAACAGGAAAAACAACGAAUAGAGCAGCUCACAGCUGGUUGGGAUGAUUCUACCGCAGUUGACUGGGAUGAUGAGGAAAAAGAUGACGUAGGCCAGGCACAGGAUACAACCGAGAUGGCUUUAGAUCAGCAAAUAUAUAAAUGCACAGCACUUUAUUCAUACACAGCACAAAACCCGGAUGAGCUUUCGAUUGUGGAAAGUGAACAGCUUGAUGUUGUUGGUGAAGGUGAUGGGGAUGGUUGGCUCCGAGCGCGAAAUUACAGAGGGGAAGAAGGAUUUGUACCUCAAAAUUAUUUGGACGUAGAAAGAGAUGCCGACACUACGGCUGGCUUGAGUUCACAUGGGCCUGGAACACUGGUCCAGCAAAUCUCCUUUUCAUCGGUUGAUUACACUAUCGAUGAUCAUGAUGCCGUUGAUCCUGAUAUGAAUUUCCAAAAUGUAGCUCAAGACAGUACCGCAGAAACUCAAGUGCAUGGUACUGCAUCUAUACAGUAUUGCGUCGCACUGUACGAUUAUGAUGCAACAAGUUCAGAAGAAAUUAGUUUCAUGGAAGGUGAUGUCAUACGAAUUUUAAGACAAGAUCCUCACGACGUAGAUGAUGGAUUUUGGGAAGGAGAAGUCAAUGGUCAAUGUGGUAUAUUCCCAUCACUUGUAGUCGAAAUGUGUGCAGCUGAUGGAUCUCCAUUAACACCACAAGAAGAUACUACUCCACCAAGUUCAGCACCACCUGUGUUUACACCCCCUCAGAUUCCAGAGUUUCUACUAUCUGACGACAUGGAUCAACCAAUUCCAAGGGAAUUGUGCGAAGACAUACCAAGUCAAGUGAUUGGCGAUCAACAAGGUUUUGCAAUCAAACUUUCGAAAAAUCAACACGACCAUUAUGGAUCACAGUUUGGAGAUGAUGUUGAUGCUCAACCACCUGGAAUAAUAGUUGUGGAAGUUACCGAUGAAUCGGUUUCUGAGGCAGGUGAGGAACACGCGAGCAAAAAAUCUGAUACCCAAGUUCGUAGGAUAGCAUCCUCUCAAGAAACUGAUGAGUUUGGACUGGGUGUCGCACAAAUUGUUAUUACUGCAGCUACACCGAUGGAAGAAAUUGAACGCUCAUUUCCUGGUAAUGAAGAGGAUGCUUCCGAUGUAGACGAUACCAGAGAGGAAUCUACAGAAUCUGUGGAAGGUUCAACAACGAAAUCUGCACCUAUCUCUGACUCCAAUGAAAGUGAAUGUCAAAAACCCACAGUUAAGCCGGUAGAAUGUGGAGAUUCAGAAGUGGUCGAAGAAAGUGAUGAAAAAUCUGUUGCUUACGAGUUCCAUGCGGACUCAGCACCUUUCCCAGUAAGCAGCAGCUCUGGUAGCGAGGCAGAAUCUACCUCUGGACCAAGUACUGCCGAAAAUUCACAGCCCUUAGCGACACGUGACACAGAUGUAGAUUCGCAUUCAGCAGAUUUGCCAGAUAUUCUUCAGGAAAAGGUAAUAGUCGGAGGAAGAGCAAGUAUUCCCGAUGAACUUCAACCAGAUCAAUUAGAAAAACUUCAAAACUUGAAGGAAUCCAAUGCCUAGGAUUGACUCGACCUCGGAGAAAUUUACUAUCCCGCCGCCUUAGCAGAAAAAUUGGCUCUUCCGAAUAAUCAUCAGUACAAAUUUCGACAUCUGUUGAAAUUUUGGAGUUCUCCUGAGGUUAUUGGAAAAAAAGACUAAUCAUACUGUAACUAUAAAUAUUUUUAUGUUAAUAUUAUGUACACAAUUUUUGCUAGCUAAUACUCUAGUAAUGGUUAAAAGUAAGUUGCGAUUUUUGCAACGUGUUUACAAGACAUUAUUAUGUACAGACUUCAAGUAUAAAUAAAGAGAAUUGUCGAUACCUGUAA